UAAACGCUGUGGAUGGCAGCCCAGGCCGCAGCCAGCCUCCGCCCCAAGACCCAGCGCUAGACGAAGCCACGUAAGGUCGGACUUGACUCCAGGUACAGGUACAGCACCGUGUGGGAGGCGAACAUGCCGAGCUGCACCCGGCUGCACCUGCGCGUAGUGGUGGGCGGGCAUGGUGGCUGGGAAGGGCCGGUAUGGCACCUCCACCUCCAGGAUGCCGUCCGGCUGCGAACCACCUCCUCCAUAUUAUCCCGCCCAGUCAUGCAUCCGGAGACGCCGCGGCCGAGCACAUCCACGGCCGUGGGCUCGCCAAAUAAAGCCUAGGUAGGCGCCCAGCAAGCUGGCGUUGACACGGCCGUGGCGGGCAAAAUGCCACAACGGACUGCCUUGCGGCGCCAGCGUCAGCACGAUGCCCUGGAGUUGGACAGGCCAUGUUGCCAGGGUGAUCGGCGACAGCACGGAGAGGUCCAGCUGCGGCAGCUGCAGCUGAACAUCCAGCAGCUGGUGUGACUCCAAGCUGUGACUCCAAGGUUGGGAUCCGCCGCGCCGAAGCCGCUGGGCUGCAGUCCCGGCCGGGUCUGCUCCCGCAGCCCCUCCAGCCCGUGUUUGAGCGUUGCCAGGCUCGGUUGGUGGCAUGGGCUCCUCCGUCCUCAUCG